AUGCCAAAACGAAAGAAGAAAUCAUCUCGAUCGAUAAUCCAGGCACGGGCUAAGAAGGAAAUUGGAAACUCAGGUUUGGCCGCAAUUGUUCCUUGUUCCCCAUCAAGGGCAAUCAGACCGUCAACUCCGAACAGCCACUUUACGCUCACAGUCGAAAAAGUUUUAAAUCGAUAUCCACGUCUCGAACGUCGAUUUUACGAAUCCCUAGUUCUUCUCAGUGUUCUCGAUCCGGUCCGUGGCUGCCGCUUUACCAACUCCAUCUACACCACCGAUGACACACUCGAUCAGUUGAGGAGAUCCUUUGUCGACGCGAUUGCGAUGAUAUGCGAUUCUCAUAAAGGAGGUGACACGGUUAUGGCCGUGGCUUUGCAAUCAACCCCUUUCCGCACCGUGAUCUGGCUCGCCGCCAAUAAAAACCCAAAAACUGGAACUGUACAAUACCUGCAAAGAAUCGUCGAUACUCUACGGAAGGCCACGCCUGAUACAAGAGUACGAGUUGCCGAUGAAAUUUCCGAUUGCGUUGUUGAGUUCUGCCGGUCAAGCUCUAUCAAAGACAUAAUUAAUGUCUGUAUGAAGUGUCGGAUUUAUUUCCCUAUGCUCUCGAGAUUCUCCAGAAGAGAAACGGAUCACCACCAGCCGGUCACCCGAACAAAGCAUUUUAUUGGUCGCCUUGCAACAUACUCACGAACUGUUAACACUCUGCUUGAUGUUGCGUUUGACAUUCCGCAAUUGCUCGAAAACUGCGAACUUCGUAUUUGUGAAUCUUCUCGGCAUUUGCCAUCUCCAUUGAAUCCGGACGCAUCAACCCUUGAUGGUAUCGUGCGCCGUAUGUUCCCGGAGUUUACGGCAAACGAAGUUCGCAGUGGCCUUGACCGACUAAACGUCUUUGGGAACCUCCAUGAAAGGACACGCAGAGCGUGCAGUUUCAAAUCUCGAGUUCAUGCGGAGCUGCUUGUGCUUGAGAAAUUUCGGUCGAAUGGGUGGGAAUUCGUCGCAGGCGACAAAUAUAUUGGGUGCAGUAAACCAUCAUGCUUUUGUUGUUACCAUUAUAUCAAUUCCCUUCCGGAAAGAUAUUCCGUCUCCGGGUGCCAUAACAAGAUUUAUACCCAUUGGCGAGCACCCGAUCUCACCGGUGUCCAGGAUCUCGAAGCCGUCAAAGUACGUGAGGACGCGUUGAAUGCGGUAGUUGCAAAGCUUCGAGCCGAGGUGUGUCGAUGUAUUGAUGAAAGACCGGUGAAAAUUCGUCCACAUUAUGAUUCCGUAACCGGAUCUACAUCAGUAAUACGAUUAGAAGAAGCGAAGAAGUGACAUUAGAGGUGGAUUUCAUAACGGCAAAUGAAUGAACAUCAACUAACCAUUGGGAUCGUG